AUGGGAGAGGGCAUGUCCAAGCGGCUGAAGUUGCAGCUGGGGGGCGAGGCGGAGAUGGAGGAGCGGGCCUUCAACAACCGCUACCCGGACUACCACCCCGGUGCCGGCGCUGCUGCGGCCAGCGCCCCGGAGGCUUCCCCCAGCGGCUCGGAGGGCAAACGGAGCCGCUCCUCUUCGCCCGAGGGAGACGACGCCCUGCCCUUCGACAGAGACGGGAAGAUCAGGUACUAUUUCGAUCAGAAGAUCACAGCUAAAAUAAAAGAUUUGUUGCAACAAAUGGAAGAAGGGCUGAAGACGGCAGACCCUCAUGACUGCUCGGCGUAUACUGGCUGGACAGGGAUAGCUCUCCUGUACCUUCACCUGUACCGUGUGACAAACGAGAAGAACAACCUCCAACGAUCCUUGGAUUACGUGAAGAGAAUAUUACGCAACCUGAAUGGAAGAAGGGUGACUUUCCUCUGUGGUGACGCUGGGCCCUUGGCAGUGGGAGCAGUGGUGUACCACAAGCUAGACAACGACAUUGAAUCCAAAGAGUGUGUGACAAAGCUCUUGCAGCUCCAGAAAAUAGUCCUCAGUCCAGACUCUGACCUUCCAGACGAGCUCCUUUAUGGAAAAGCUGGUUACUUGUAUGCCUUGCUCUAUUUGAAUACUGAAAUUGGCCCUGACACUGUGCCUCAGUCAGUUAUCAAAGAGGUAAUAGAUUCCAUCAUUGAGUCGGGUAAAAAAUUUUCCCUGGAGGAGCGAAAGGCUGAACGCUGCCCGUUAUUAUACCAGUGGCACAAGAAGCAGUACAUUGGUGCAGCUCACGGUGUGGCGGGGAUCUAUUACAUGUUAAUGCAGCCAGCUUCCCAUGUGGAUCAGGAGACUCUGACGGAGCUGGUGAAGCCAAGCAUUGACUACGUGCGUCAUAAAAAAUUCCGGUCUGGGAAUUACCCGUCGUCUUUAAGCAACGAGACGGACCGGCUGGUGCACUGGUGUCAUGGCGCCCCAGGAGUCAUCCACAUGCUCAUGCAAGCCUAUCAGGUUUUCAAAGAGGACAAGUAUUUGAAAGAUGCCAUGGAAUGUAGUGAUGUAAUUUGGCAACGAGGGCUGCUGAGGAAAGGAUACGGACUCUGCCACGGGACUGCAGGAAACGGAUAUGCCUUCUUAUCCCUCUAUCGCCUCACCCAGGAUAAAAAGUACCUCUAUCGAGCUUGCAAGUUUGCAGAGUGGUGUAUGGAGUACGGGGCACACGGAUGUCGGAUUCCGGACCGACCCUACUCGCUGUUUGAAGGUAUGGCUGGUGCCAUUCACUUCCUCUCGGACAUAUUAGUCCCCGAGAAGUCGCACUUUCCUGCGUUUGAAUUCAGCCCUCUAAAGAAAGGGAACAAAGAGGAGCACAACAGCUAAGCGGAAGCUCAAGACGAUGCCAGGAGCGGCAAGUGGCUGUUGAGUGCCUCAAGGAUUACCAGAACGACCGAGCAAAGAGUCGAGCGAAAAACUCUUUCUCGCUUGUUCUCUUAAUGGCCACAUUGGCCAUUGCCGCAUGAACGAGAGGAUUCCGUGCUGCCGAUGUUUCGUUAUGUGAGAUGCCGUAAGCCACGGCAAGAGACCUAACUACCUUCAGUUUGUUGGGAGCGCUCUCUCUCUCUUAGUUUUCACUGUUGUGUCUUCAGGUCUUUUGAGUGCUUGCAUGGUUGGUGUUGUCUGUAAGCGUGAUGGGUUUUUUCCCCCCUGUUGUAGUUGUAAAGCUGAAAACCCAAUCUCUGCAUGGCUGUAAUGGUAACAGCGCCUCUCUUUCCACAGCCAAGAAUAGGAGAAUGCCCUCUUCAUCUGCCGCACUGAAUGACAGUGGUAAAUAGAAUCCAAUUCUCGGUUUGGUUGGUCGCGCUAUGGACUGAGAAGUCAAAAGAUAUUGAGCGCAAUUGUUUUGCCGUUAUGAGGACAUCAAGGGUCUGAUCCGAUUAACGUUAAGCACUUUUAAUAUCCUGUUGAUUUUCAGUGAGAAAGUUAAGCAUGUGCUUAAAUUGUUCUUAGCGGAAUCAAGAGUACUUAAAUGUCCUUGGGUUUUUGGCUGAAUUAACGCUUCGAGUUUCUUUUUUCCUCUCGCUGAGAACUUCUGAGAGCAGGAAGACAUUUCAAAGACCUAUUGAAUGGGGAGAGAGAAACUGACCUUGUUUGGAAAAGGAAGAAUUGGGCCUUUUGUGUUUCUGAGCGCGUUGAAAGAGAAAUAGGUUUUGAUCUUUCUCAAAAUGUCUGAGUGCAGUUUUCAAGCACUGGUUUUUUUAAUGGGUCCACUUUUGGGAUGUGGAUAUGUUAAGUACUUUUUCUGACUAAAGGACAACCGGUUAGUGCAGUAAAGGGGAGAGAAACAGUGGCUGAAGUCGCCCCAUUGCCCUCUGUUUCGCAGCUUACUGGAGGCAAGGCCGUAGAUGGAGUCCCACCUGGGAGGGCAAACCACGCAUUCCACAGAGCCCGUGGAUGGAAGUAGACACAGCCACGUUAAAGCGAUUGGUUCCUCAGCCUCGUUGAUGGGAAGGAGGGGUUAAAGGGUUUUCGAGGCUUCUCAAAUGAGGAUCAGGGACCAGGUUCUUACUAACCAUGAAACUGUAAAUCCCCCUGGGUGGUGCAGGAUUUCCCAUUUUGGCUUUUGAGUCUCUGAAUAGCAACAUUUCCUUUGAAAUCCAAUGUGUUCAGUAGCUGUGCAGUGAGCAUUCGUCACGUCAAAGGUCCUUAUGAGUCAAAUGUUACUCUUUUUGUGUGUUCCUGUUCCACAUCUUCCAAACAAAGCUAAGCUAAUAAUAAUAAUAAUAAAUCUUGCAUCGUAGGUUUGCCCUUUUAGGGAAGAAGCUUGGCUUAAAAUAAACCAACACCUUCCAGUUAUUGUUAGUUAAGAAGUGAGCACUGCUUCCACAAUGGGAUGUUAAAAGACCAUUGUCUUCUCAAACCCUGCAGAAUUUUUAUGUUGCCUAUUGCGCCAUUUUUAGCCUAACAGGAAAGGGAACGGCCUCUCCGGCAGUAAAUGGGAGUCUUUUGUAGGAAGCAUCAGUGGGUUGGGUUGGGGGGGGGACUGGCGGAAUUCAGUUGUCAUAAUGUUUUGCUGUGCAAGU